ACGGACUCGGUGGUGAAGGAGCGAACCCGGGCUGCGCCACCACCGUCGCCGCCUCCACCGUCGCCGCCUCCACCAUCGCCGCCUCCACCAUCGCCGCCUCCACCAUCGCCGCCUCCGCCGUCACCAUGGGGGCCCAGCUGAGCACGUUGGGGUCCGUGGUGCUCUCGCCCGUCUGGUUCCUCUACAGCUUGUUCAUGAAGCUGUUCCAGCGCUCCUCGCCCGCCAUCACCCUGGAGAGCCCCGACAUCAAGUACCCGCUGCGGCUCAUCGACAAGGAGAUCCUCAGCCACGACACUCGGCGCUUCCGCUUCGCGCUGCCCUCCCCCCAGCACAUCCUGGGCCUCCCCAUCGGCCAGCACAUCUAUCUCUCUACUCGCAUUGACGGGAACCUGGUCAUCCGGCCCUACACCCCGGUCUCCAGUGAUGAUGACAAGGGCUUCGUGGACCUGGUGGUCAAGGUUUAUUUCAAGGACACGCACCCCAAGUUCCCGGCCGGAGGGAAGAUGUCACAGUACCUAGAGAACAUGAAGCUGGGCGACACCAUUGAGUUCCGGGGCCCCAACGGGCUGCUGGUCUACCAGGGCAAAGGGAAGUUUGCCAUCCGUCCAGACAAGAAGUCCAACCCCGUCAUCACGACGGUGAAGUCUGUGGGCAUGAUCGCAGGGGGCACAGGCAUCACGCCAAUGCUGCAGGUGAUCCGUGCCAUCAUGAAGGACCCGGAUGACCACACCGUGUGUCACCUGCUCUUUGCCAACCAGACCGAGAAGGACAUCCUGCUGCGGCCGGAGCUGGAGGAACUGAGGAAUGAGCACUCAGCUCGCUUCAAGCUCUGGUACACGGUUGACAAAGCCCCCGAAGCCUGGGACUACAGCCAGGGCUUCGUGAACGAGGAGAUGAUCCGGAACCACCUCCCGCCCCCUGGCGACGAGCCUCUGAUUCUGCUGUGCGGCCCCCCGCCCAUGAUCCAGCUGGCCUGCCUGCCCAACCUGGAGCGCGCCGGCCACGCCAAGGAGCGCUGCUUUGCCUUCUGAUGGCCCCGCCCCACGCCACCCUGCGCUUGCCCACCCCACGCCAGGCCGCGAGGGGCACCCCGGGAGCAGGGCUGUGUCAGCUCCUCUGCCACCAGCCGUCUGCGGGGUAGUUCCUGCCUGUUCCCACCCAUCCUGUGACCCCCCCCCCCCCCGCCGUCCACCUGUGUACCCCCUCCCGCCACGGCAGUGAUAGAAGGGAAUGGGGAGGGGGGCCCCUUCCCACCUGCCCCAGGCCAGGCCGGCCUCCCCUGAUCCCUGCCCCACACAACACUACCGGUCCCCUCGGAGGGGUGGCUGCAGGGGAAGAGGCCCGGACCAAAGGCCUGAGGCCCUGUGGACCCCAGCACCCCAAGACUCUUAGGCUGCUUGAGAGUCGCAAGCUGGAGACCCAGCACAGGGUGGUGGACUUGAGGGUCCUGGCUCAGCCCAGGGCCAGCUGCCCUGGUGGCAGAAGCAGAGCCUCGGUUCGGUCCCGGCCCGGGAAGGGGUGUGAGCAGACACCCCACGUUGCCUUAGCUGACACUGGCCAGCCUCCCGCCCGCCCAGCGCUCUCCUCUCAUGAUGAGCAGGAGUUGAAGUAAAACGUUGCCAACAGUCA